UACCCUGUACACCUCUCUAUAUAGGUGAAGAAGGACCUAACUAUCCACGAUAACGAUCAUGUCUAACGACUCCAUCCCGAACGAGGUGUAUCCUAGUGAGAAACCCGAGACAGAGCACACGAAUCAGGGCUUGCAAAGGGAGGUCACCCUCGAUAACAACAUCCAAGCCAAGGUCCAGAACCCGCUCCAUGGAAUCCCACACGAUUACCUCAUCGCCGCUGCACGACAGUUCUGCGUCGAACACAAUAUGGAGGACAAGACAUCCGUCGUGGUCAAGGGUGCCCUGCUCGCCCAAAACCCUGGCGAGUUCGAUAAGCUCACGGAGCUCGACGAGGAAGAUAAACUGGUUAUCCACCGCGAGCGCACGCACAAGUGGCACCAGCCCCGUGCGCUGUACUUCACCAUCAUCCUUUGUUCCAUUGGUGCUGCAGUGCAGGGUUGGGAUCAGGAAGGUUCUAAUGGAGCCAACCUGAGCUUUCCGAUUGCUCUGGGCAUUAACGACAAUGACCCGGACCAGGCUCUUGCGGCGCGUAAUCAGUGGCUUGUCGGUGUCAUCAACGCUGGGCCUUAUAUCGGUUCCUCUAUCAUUGGCUGCUGGCUCUCUGACCCUCUGAAUAACCUCUUCGGCCGUCGCGGGACCAUCUUUAUAUGCGCGCUCUUUUGUAUCUUUCCCGUCAUCGGCUCCGCAUGCGCACAGACCUGGAUUCAGCUGCUUGUCUGCCGUCUGUUACUCGGAAUCGGUAUGGGCGCCAAAGCAUCCACUGUACCCGUCUUUGCUGCUGAGAACACUCCCGCUGCGAUCCGUGGUGGCCUUGUCAUGAGUUGGCAGCUGUGGACCGCCUUCGGUAUCUUCCUGGGUGUAUGCGCCAACCUGAUCCUCUAUCAAGUCGGUGACAUCGCAUGGCGUCUUCAGUUCGGCUCCGCGUUCAUCCCGGCCGUGCCCCUCCUGAUCGGUGUCUACUUCUGUCCCGAGUCUCCACGUUGGUACCUCAAGAAAGGCCGCGUCCACGAUGCCUACCGCUCGCUAUGUCGUCUGCGGAACACGGAACUUCAAGCCGCACGUGACUUGUACUACAUUCAUUCCCAGCUAGAAGCCGAGCGUGAGCUUCUGCAGGGCUCAUCCUACUUCACUCGCGCCGUCGAGCUAUUCACCAUACCGCGUGUCCGCCGUGCCACCCUCGCCUCCUUCGUCGUCAUGAUCGCCCAGCAGAUGUGCGGCAUCAACAUCAUCGCCUUCUACUCGUCUACCGUUUUCGUGGAAGGCGGAUAUACGGAGAAGUCGGCGUUGCUCGCUUCCUUCGGCUUCGGUCUUGUUAACUGGCUAUUCGCAUUCCCCGCAGUAUGGACAAUCGACACCUUCGGCCGACGCAACCUUCUCCUCGCCACAUUCCCUAACAUGGCAUGGACGCUGCUUGCCUCUGGUCUCUGCUACCUCAUCCCCAACGGGAAUAGCGCCAAGAUCCCACUCGUCGCACUCUUCAUCUUCAUCUUCGCUGCCUUCUACUCACCUGGUGAGGGGCCCGUGCCAUUCACCUAUUCGGCAGAGGUGUUUCCCCUGAGCCAUCGUGAAAUGGGAAUGGCCUGGGCUGUCGCGACGUGCCUAUUCUGGGCUGCAGUACUCUCCCUGACCUUCCCUCGCAUGGUUGGCGCCAUGACCAUCACCGGAGCCUUCUGCUUCUACGCAGGCCUCAACCUCCUCGCGUUCGUGAUGAUCUUCUUCCUCGUGCCCGAGACCAAAGAGCGCACACUUGAAGAGCUGGACUACGUCUUUGCCGUGCCGAUCCACACUCACGCAAACUACCAGCUCACCAAGUCUCUUCCUUACUUCAUCAAGCGCUUCAUCUUCUGGCAGCGGUCUGCCAAGCUUGAGCCGCUCUACAACUUUGACGAAGUCGACGAGCGAACCGUGCGUAGCGUCAAGGUAUGAUGCGCUCCUGUGUCUAUACGCUUCUUGCGCUUGGCAUGACCUACUGGUAUUAUAUAAAAUGGGUCUGCUACCUUUUGCGGCUAUGUAUGAACUCUUCCCUACGCAUCUUACUCAGCUGUCGGAACAGAACUCAGAACAGUCGGUUUGUAUCAAUAGU